UUAAGGCAGGUUGGAAAGCAAGCGCCGAUAGGCACGAGUAGGGAAAACACAGCGUUCAAGAAAGAUAACGGCGCUGGGUGGAGGCAGAGUUGUUUCCAUAUAUUUCAAUUCUAGAGAGUCAUGCAAAGCGAAGUGACACGAGGCUUACUGAGUGAGGGUCUCAAACUGAAUUCACAACCAAUUGGUUUGCAGCUAACAAUGCCACCUUACUACCAAAGUUGUCUGUUUUCGAAAGAAAUAAUGAUUCCAGUCUAUCCUUGCAAAUUUCACUAUUUCCAGCCACCAAUGCUCCACCCCAGUUCACUCUAUAAAGCUCCUGUCUUUACUCUCAGUUUGUUUCAUACAAAGCCAAGAGAGAUAAAGCCCAGUCUUGUGUUCAGUUCUUGUGUCAACCAAUUCUCAUUUCUACUGGGUGGUGUGAUUUCAGGUCUGCAGAGAAGACCUUCUGUUAGGACUCCCUCUGGCAUUCUUUUGACUUCUGAAGUGAAUCUAUUUCGGCCAAGAUGAAUGGUCAAGGUAGAACCUACAACUCAUUUCCUGAAACCCUUCAUGUUGAUCAUGGGCUGGAUGUCAACAAUCCUGUGUUUGCUCUGAAUAAUGUGUUUACCACUGCUGUCUCAGUCCAUGAUAGCCACACUGGUAUAGGCUGGAUGGGUCAAUCUAGCUCCAGUGUGAACACCCAAAACCCGAUCAGUUUUCAGGAAUUAUUAGGUGAGGAUGGAUGGCUUUCUUCUGCUGAUGAUCCUGAUGGAACUGGUCAAAGGUUUCAAGGAAGGCAUUCUGAGCCAUAUAUUGCUCCUUUUCAAGAGAACGCUUAUAUGUUCCCGAGUGAUGGUCAGGUCAGAAACGAGCCAUCAAUUUUGCAAGGGGUUAAUUCUGGCGCUCUCACUCAGAACCUAGACUUAAAUGCCUUGUUUGAGAGCAAUAACAGUGAUGCCAAUCAGGAUAUGGGGGCAGGUUUAAGCCUGCGUCUAUUUAAUCCCGAUGGACUAGAAGCUGAUCAAAAUCCACUGGCCCACAAUUCUUCUAUCCCACUUGUAAUAUCUUCUGGACUUGCAGGAUAUGUGUUGGAAGAAGAUGAUGGCAGAGAGGGACUUUCAUCAGAUGGUAGGCGAGUAUCCUGCAAAAGAAGAGCACCUGAAGAUGCUCCUGGACUACUGUCUUUGGGUGAAAGUUCAAGAUCUAGUCAACAAGCUGGAAAUUCUGAAUGGGAAGCUGUUCCUGCCCAAGGAAAUGCCAAUAGUGGCUUGAAUGUAUCAACUCCUUUGAUUAUUCCUUCAAAUGUUAGUCAUCCUGAACAGUUGGAGAAUAGACUUGGGGUUGGCAUGAUGGGAGCAGUUUCUGGCGUGCAUCAGACUUCAAGUGGUCCAGAACAAGAAGAAAGUUCUCAUAGAGCUAUUCGUCUGAGGAGAGCUGCAAAUCCACAAGAUUCUGUACCAUCUUGUAUAUUGUCUAGUGGGACCACACAAGAUUCUCAUCUACAGUCACGUACUCAACCAACGAUCUUUUUUCCGUUUGAUCACUUUCCAAACUCAAGCUCAGCAGCAACAUUGCCAGUUAAUGCAACUCCUCCAGAGCAGGCUUUUGUGCACACUGCCAUCUCUUUGCAAAAUCUGCAGCCUUUCCCAUGGGAUGAUUUGACAAGGUCAAGACCUGAUGUGUCUUCUAUUCCUCCUGUUUAUGCUGUCAAUGGUGGUGAUACUUUGCAGCAAGAACAGAACUCAAUGAACAUUCCUAGAAACACCCUGCUUGUUCCUGAAACUGAAAGGGGGAAUGUAGCCCAGAAUCCAACCAACAUUAACUUUGUCAAUGGGAAUUCAAACUCUCUGGGAAAUGUUGCUUCAAGUUCGCGAAAUGGCACUCUUUCAGGUUUCACAUCUGUGCCUACUGGGCUUCCUGAAUGCAACGUACCUGAACAGUAUGCACAGAGUCGCUCUACGACUGCAUCUGCUGGCUUUGAAUCUAGAGUGCGGGGUAGUUACUGGCCACUACAUUCAGGGACUUCUGCAGCAGCACGGGAAAUGGAUCUUUCAGUUAGAGGUGGUAAUGUAAGACCUUUUCAGGUAUACAUGGAUUCAGAAUUGAUGACAAGACCUGAGAGACAAGCUGGUGGUUAUCCUGAAAAUCCCUUCGAGCAUCAGUCCAUCGGUGCUACUCAAAACAUAAGCAGACUGAUAUCUGAGGUUCGAAAUGCCGUGGCACUUGUCCGUAGGGGUCGCGCUUUACAAUUUGAGGAUGUUAUGAUUAUUGACCGUUCAGUUUUAUAUGGUGUCCCUGAGGAGGAUGAUAUGCAUGAAGACAUGCGUCUUGAUGUAGAUAACAUGUCUUAUGAGGAAUUACUGGCUUUGGAAGAGUACAUUGGGAAUGUCGGCAUUGGAUUGAGCGAAGAAGCUAUUCUCGCAAAUUUGAGGCAGCGAAAAUAUGAGUCCAUCACAUUAGGAUCUCCAGAGGAGACCGUACCAUGCUGCAUUUGUCAGGAGGAAUUUGUUGAUGGAGAUGAUCUUGGGAAGCUGGAUUGUGGGCAUGACUUUCACUUCACCUGUGUUAAACAGUGGCUAGUUCAGAAGAAUUCCUGCCCUAUUUGCAAAAAGAUGGCGCUGGCUUGUAGAGACGCAGAUAAUUAAUUUCGGGGCUCCUUUUCCAAGCUGGAGAUGAAACCAGAAAGGUGCUUUCCAGCCCUUGGGAUGGCAUCUUUAGUUUCUUUAUAUACAUCAUCGUUUCAUGUUGCUUUGUUAUGACAGUUUUUCAUUGUAUUAAUUUGCAACUCCACGAGACGCCUUAGUGCCUCUUGAUCUUGCUUUUUCCUCAAAAAGUUAAUGGUUUCUGUGGCUGGGGUGACAUGCUAGGUAAUCCUCCAAGUAGAGGGGAUGUGUUAUAGAACCAAAUUUUCUGUACUUCUAUACAUGUUCAUGAGCGGCUUAGGUUCAAGGAUAUCCUGCUUGUCAAACUAGCUGGUUAAUAGAUGGAACCUCAGCCAUGGAAAUUCAGGAGAACUUGACUUAUAUUCAGACAAUGUUUAUGUUUUGAAACUGUGACUUUAAAAUGGCAACCUUCUUAUAUGAAGGCUGCUUCGUUGGCUUAGUCUCUUAUCCCCUGCUGGAAUGAA